AGCCGGCGCUGGGCUGAUCGCUCCUGCUCCAGGGAAGGGCGCGGGCUCUGCUGAGUGGGGGAGGGGCCGGGCGAGCACUGACUAGCUCAUCACAGCGAUAGCUGCUCCCACCGCAGUAGGGAUGGGGAAGCGGGGCGAGAGCGAGUCCCCGCCCACGCCUGCCGCAGAGAACCACUGAGUGGUCGGUUCUGGCUCCGCUCCCGGCCAAUAGGAGCGCGCCGCGGGGCGCGCGCGGGAAAAGCUGUGUGGUGCCUAAGGGGCGUGUGAACGCGGGCUCUUUCCCGCUCUGUCCGCUGCAGGCAGCGCGCGGGCCGAGCUCCCCCUCCCCUCGGCAUGGUGCGGACCAAGGCAGAUUGCGGCGGGGCCUACCGGAAAGUGGUCGCCGCCCGGGCUCCCCGGAAAGCGCUGGGCUCCAGCAGCGCCAACGCGGGCCCUUCGCCGCCUGCCAAGAAAGUUGAAAGCAAGUAUGCUGGUGGAAAUCCAGUAUGUGUGAGACCAACACCAACCUGGCAAAAAGGGAUUGGAGAAUUCUUCAGGCAGUCCUCAAGACAUGCUGAGAAAGAGAACCAGAUGCCUGAUGAUGAAGAGGCAGGAAGCAGUGGAAUAGGAAGGCUUACUAAGAAGUUUUUGCCUGGUUUAAACCUUGGUGGCUGGAUGCACCAUGGCUGUCUGGAUAAAAUACUUGGAAUGGCAUCUUUGGCCCAUCUUGAGAGUGGAUGUCUGAUAAAUAGCUCGUCCCUUGACUCCAGAUCCCACAGAAGAUGGUGCAUCCUCUGAAGAUGAGCAAAUAUGAUUCUGUCCUGCCUCUCUUUCUUACUGACUGUGCAUGUCCUAUACUUGAGUUGGGCUUUCUUGUACAUUUUGUAUAUAUCUUUUUUUACAUUCCUGGUGGCUUUUUUGUUUAGUUAUUGUACAGAACUUUAAAUAAAGUAACAUUAGGCUUUUUACUCAAUCAUCCUCAGAACUACAUCAAAAGUUUGAGUGAUUGCAAGGAAGUUUGGUAAAAUUAAUAUAAUAUAUAUCUCUUGGAGCUUAGCAUUCAUUAUAAAGCACUGUUUAAGUUGUCUUUUUUUUUUUUAUCAUCUUGCUUAAAAUGGCUUUCUUGGCUUCCCGAAUGAUUCCACUAUAGUGUGCUGCUUAUGUUGUUGAAGACUGGUGCCAUAUUUGUGCUUUACUGUCUAAAAGGCAGUCUGUUUUUUUCUAUUAAAUGGAAGUAUUCUACA